CGCUGUUCCCGCCCUAUUUUUUUUUGAAGUCGACAUUAUUGUCAGUUACGCCCGUGGUGCACAAUAUAGCACACCAUGGCGGCAUUCAAGAUGAUUCUCCUAUUAGCUAUUGCAGACUUGGCUUUGGCCCAACAGGUGCAACUUAACCUGCCACGGACGCCGUACCCACGAAUGCUCGGAUCUGCUAUCGCCACUGAUGGAAAGAUGGUGCUCUUGGGAGGUAACUUGAGAAAUGGUAGCUUGUUGAGCUCAGAUCCGACUCGCGCUCAGCUUGGCCAGUCUAUUGGCUUUGCCGCCACAGUCUUCUCCUAUGCAACAUUCUCGACUGUAGAUGUUCCCAUAUCGAUUCCGUCAAACAUGCCCAACCGCCUCAACGUAACCGGACAAACAUGCGACUAUAGCCAAAAGUCGCGACGAAUAUACUGCUUUGGUGGACAAACUGUCGUCAGGAAUGGGGCAGGAGGCAGCAUGAUACCUGGGCUGGGCAUUUUUGAUCCUCAAGCGAUGGCAUGGGAGGCAAAUGUUCCUGUAGAUGUGCCCCUUCGAUGGGGACAUUCUUCCGCUUUGAUCGGCGGAACGUUGUACAUAUUUGGAGGUUGGACAGGUGCCCCCAGUACUUUUAGCGAUUUUUGGUCCAUCGAUCUUACAUCAUACAAAAGCACAUCUCUUGGAUUUACGAAUCUCUACUCCCCAUCGCCUCCUCCUCGACAAUACGCUUGCUUGGUUCCUGUUUCUUCUUCCUCUUUCCUUCUCUUGGGUGGACAGAACUCCAGCCGUGUGUACGGGGACUCUUGGCUUUACGACAUUCCAUAUGACCGCUGGACGGAAACCACGGCAUGGUUCAGUGAUUUAUCGCCUGGCCAACGCUCUGGAAUGUCCUGUACAAACGUCAAUGGGCGAGCAUGGGUGUUUGGUGGGGAGAGCGCAUCAGGCACGUUUUUAAACGAUUUGUGGAUAUUGGAUGCGCAAAGAUGGACGUGGUUUCGCAAGCAGGACAAUAUGGAUAUAGUCAAUGGGGUAGACAAUAACCAAAACGACACAUGUGCCAGUCAAAAAGGCGUGUCGUGCGAUGUUAUCGGCAAAGGUAAUGGUACAUCCACAGAAUCACGCAGCGCUCCGUCCGUUCCUGCUACGGCAGCGCCAGGCCUUGCGACGCAGACCAUCCCGUCAGCAGUAUCCCAGUCAACCAAUGCACCCCGAGUUCACCGUCGUGUGCCACAAACAGCGCCUUCUCAGCCGGCCACAACUCCAGGUCCCCCCUCCCGUCGAGCAUUUCAACUCUCUGCCUCCAUUGGUCAAUAUCUCAUCGUGACGGGCGGAGCGACAGCAUUUGACCCCAGCGCAAACGAAACGUAUCCGACAGACAGAUUUAUCUACUUUUAUGACACCAUCGCAGAUGGUUGGGUCCAGGACGUCAAGAAUAUUCCUCUUCUGGCAUUGUAUGUGCAAGGACUCGGAGACACUGGGAUGUCCAGUACCAAAAAGUACAUACUUAUUGCUGCCGUAGCAGUAGGCGGAGCGAUACUACUGGGAGGACUCGUCGGCGGUGCUGCAUUUAUCACUAAACGACGCAAGAUCAAGCGGGAAGCUGCCGCGAAGGAUCGAAAGGGUGCUGGACUCAACUCAUUCAAUGGCGAUAGCAAACAACCUCCCCCAGCUCACGACGUGAUCAGGCUUUCGAAUUUGUAUCCAAUCGCUCCCAUUGAGAAAGCGAGCGAGCUCGAACCACUUGUACCUUCGUCCACAAGACUCAAACGACCAGAGUAUGACCAAAGAUCAUACUUGUCCAAGAGCAGGACACCAGUCAAAGAAUCUACAUAUAUCAAUCCAGAAACAGAAAAUUCGGCAAGACCUUCUCUUGAUCGUUACCGUCCCUUCUCCGAUCCCGGAGCCAACAAGGUCUGCAGGGAAGCUACCGCUGCUCGAUACACUGCGCUAUACCCACCACCCAUCAGUCCUGUUCCUCCUGCGCACGUGCCAAAACCACCACGGCUUUCACCAUCAUCCCACAGUCGCCAUUCCUCCAAGCCGACAGAAGAAACGGAGGCGCAGGAAGACCCAAAGAGACUGACGCUUGGGAGCGUAUUUGGAUCUGCGGGCUCUCGAACGUCAAAGGCUUCCAGAGUAUCAAAGGGCUCCAGGGUAUCAAAGGCAUCGACUUCAAGGUAGAAUCUCUGCUACCUCGAUUGAAAUCUGUGAACAAGUGCGUGCGGGCUGGCCCACGGCCAGCUACUUCCAAAGGAUUUAGAGAGGAAUAUGAGGGCCUAUGCCGGUCGCCCGCAAGUUCUUCGCUGAUUUGUGACUAUUGUGCUUUGUUGUAGAAAGUUUUUAAUGUACAGUUGUGCCAUGACUAUAUAGACGUGCAAUACAGUUUCUUUGUUCAUGA